AACUUAGUUAAUAACUUGGACACAUGACCAGCAAAACUGGGCACUUGUAUUGAAUGCAAGUGAAUUGUAGAUGGGGGAGCUAAACGUUCAGAAUUGAAACAGUCAAAAAAGUAAAUAGUAAAUCAAACUUUUAUUUUGUAAGAGAACGCUUGCGAUUACUUCCUGCCCCGUGACCUCGCCCUCGCCUGGAUACGAGAAAGCGUCGCUACGGAGAGAGGGAUGGGUCUGUUGUAGUUAAAAGACACUUCUGUCUACUUUCCCACGCAGUUAGGACAACUUACUAUCAUGGCAGUCUGUGGGAAACGCUUCUCUGUCGUUGCGACAACGACUCUACCAAGUUUUAACGUUUGCAUAUACACGUUUUGGUGCUUCUAGUGCACUAAUCUAUGUUGGCAUGACAGGUAAAGAUUAGUUAGCAUGCUAGCGAGCUAGCCACACAGCUUCAGCUUCACAAAGCGACCACGCCUGCCAGUGACAGUGUGGCUGCAGGUACCUAGCAGACAUGGGUAAACUACAGAGCAAGUUUCGCAAGAGGUCUGACAUCUACAGGGCAUCUCAGGGGGAGAAGGCAGAAAAUACCUUUGACAGUCAGGUGGUACAGUAUGAACCUGCCCAUCAAGGGUCCACCAACACUGUCACUAAUCUCAGCCCAGAUCUGUGUGUUUCUGGUGGGAGUGACCAGGCUGUGGUGGUGUAUGACUGGAAACAAGGCCGAAUGUGUCAGUCCUUCCAGGGUCACAACCGAGAGGUUACCAAGGUGGUGUGCUAUCCAGGCAGUACAUGGAUCUUUAGUGCCUCACGGGACAAGACUGUUCUGAUGUGGGACCUAAACCAGGGGGACGAACCUAUUCAGGAAUUUUGUGGGCAUGAAUUGGUGGUCAAUGGACUAGCUAUCAGCCCUGAUGGGAGAAAGCUUUGCACUGGUUCUCGUGACAACUGGAUGUGCCUGUGGGAUAUAGAAUCUGCAAAAUGUGAACAGAGACACAACAUUUCGAGAAACCUGGUGACUCAUGUGUGUUGGAUUCCUGGCAGCUCAUCUAUAGCUCAGACCUCCGAGGAUAAGACCAUAAGGGUGUGGGACAGCCGCGCAUGGCAGGUGACCAAUACCUUUCCAGCCAAGCAAUACAUCCAGACCCACUGUGACGUUUCGGCAAAUGGCAACUACUUGGUGUCCAGCAGCAACGGCUUUGGAGGCCAGGGCGCUGAAGCCACGCUCUGGGACCUGCGGCAGCCCGGCUGUAAAGUUGUGGAGUACAGAGGUCAUGUCCAGACCACCGCCUGCUGUAUGUUUCUGCCUACACCUCCUAGUGGCACAGCUCAGGUAGCAACAUCCUCCCAUGACUGUUCCAUUAAAAUCUGGGAUCAGAACACAGCAGUCUGUUUAGGGACCUUGUCUCUGGAUAGUGCUGGGCCACUAAUUUGUCUGGCUCCCACUGACUCCGCCGAUCUGCUGUGUGCCAGCUUCAACAACGGUCUCCACCAUAUCCAGGUGGGCCAGGGAUCAAACCAGGCUCAGGUUUCUGGGGAAGGUUUAGGUGGAGCUGGUAGCCUGGACAUGAAAGUUGUAGCACGCUUCUGACAGCCCAGAAGAGCCUGGUGUGACUCGUAUGCUCAUAACCCAGACCUGCCAACGGCCAAUGACUCUGCGAGCAGUAUCACUGGAUAUGGACGUCAUGUCAGUGCUUUUUUUAUUUUUACAAUUUUACAUAUUUCUAUAGACACUUUUGCUUUACUAGACAGCCAUACAGUGAAUAAUGACAGAAGAGAUCAGUAAGAAAAGGAGUGGAUAAUAAUGACAUGUACGGAGGAUGCACCUUUUGUCCAGCCACGCCACCUGGAUGCCCAUCGUAGCUGCUCUUCUUGGGGAAUGGUCUGUAAGUCACAUUACCCAUUAAGUGAUGAGACUAUAAAAAUCUAAGUGAUCCUGCUUGGAUUACUGCCUUCUUGGACAGAACCAGAAUAGCUGGGGUUUACUCUUGGUUUUGUACUCUGCUUCAGCUAGGUGGAUUUGAGGAGAUGCUUCAUGUUGUAUUGCCUUUAUUGGUGGUGUUGAUUACAUGUUUGGAGGACAUCCUAACGGGGCAGGAGUAGUGUUGUGAUGAGGAAGCACUCUUAGAGCAGCAAAAUCAGCUAUUUGGUCAGCUGUACUAUGACUUUAGCUGGGUAAAACUUAGUAGGUGCAGUCAGA